UCUCUCGCUCCUCUUUACUACGUAGUUUCAUUCUUCCAGAAGCUAAAUUUUAUGCCGCACUUGUUUAAUCGUGUCUAAGAUCGUAGUGCAAUCUCUUUCCGCGUUAUUGUCGACAUCCCCGCGUGGGUUUGGGCUACAUGACGUGUAACUGACGCGAUAUAGCGAUACGAUACGCCGGCGUCGUCCAACGAACGAUGUUGGUGGUUCGAUAACGAAAACGAUCUUCUUUCCUUCCUUGGAUGCAGUGUUGAGGAUGAAGUGACGUGUUUUUCACGAGGGAAUUCUGUUGCUGGUGGUUUGUGACGGACAUGCCUAAAUUCCGCAGCGUGGUUUAUACUACAAAGAAAAAGAAGUCACUUUCGCCGGCUCGCCCGUUGAGUCACACAAGGAGUUACAUUAACUUGAUGCGAUAACGUUUUAGAUGCAUCUAAGUUCGUUGCAAUUGGCGUGCGCGGCUCUGGCGGCGCUGGCGCUCAGCGCGGCGGCCGCGCCCCCUGCGCAGACGCAGCACCACGUCGCGCGCCGCUCCUUCUUCAACCUCCAGUGCAAGGGCGUAUACGACGCCGCAAUCUUCGCCCGCCUCGAUCGCAUCUGCGACGACUGCUACACACUAUUCAGAGAGCCGCAGCUAUAUUCCUUGUGCCGGAAAGACUGUUUCACGACAGAUUACUUCAAAGGGUGCGUUGAGGUGCUCCGAGAAACCGAUCAGCUCGAACUCUUCAAGACAUAUAUAAAACAAUUACACGGGGCCGAUCCAGGGAUUUAGGGCAAAAUGUUUCACCACGCCCUACUUCAAGGGUUGCAUGGAGUCUUUGUACCUUCUAGACGAGGAGGAACAGAUAGAUCAAAUGAUCGACUUCGUCGGCAAACGCUAACACGCAUUCAGCCACUACCCAAUCUCAACUACAUGACGUACAACCCGACCGAGUGACAACGCCGCACAUGUAAACCAACAGGGAACAUACCAGAGGUUUUUUUAAAUCCACCGCUUUGCCAAGCAGAAACAAAUUCAUUACCUUUGGACAUCUGCUUCAUCCUCAAUGUAUUCUAGUCUACCGGGCGCAAAAUUUGCGUCCGAAACUAAUUAUAAUGUUAUCAUAAUUUGUAUUUAGAUUGUGUAUAUUAAGAAUUAUUAUACAAUUUAAAAAUUGAAAAAUAUACAUUUUAUGUUAUUAAGUGUUGUAAGCUUGAGCACGGGAGUGUAAAGUACAUUAAAGAUUUGUUUAAUUAAUUAUAUUAGACCACCUCCUAGGUACUAGGACCUACUUUGGGGCAGAAUUUCUCUUCCGAUGCUGGACAUCUAACUAAUACUGUCUCGAGAACUUUCUAGAUUUAAAUUCAAUUUAUAUAGCGACGCAUUCCAAUCACAGUAUUUCUUAAUUAUCUUACGCUUUUCUUGAAAUUCUUUUGUACUAACAUUGUAGAUACUUUUAUUGUUAGUUUAUGAUUUAAAGCGGCUAACCAUAGCAUAACAUGUUCACGCGAGUGGCUUAUAAAUCUGUAGCAUCAUAGUCUGAAUCGUGCUUUUCUGCAAAAUAUAUUUAAUAUAACAUUGAAAUAAUUUAAAGUAAAAAAAUACUGUAAUAAACGUGUUAAUACAUACGAAAACACGCCUUUGAAAAAGCUUCUGUUUUUAAAUUGUUCAUAAUUAUUUUUAACUUUUUCUACCGAUCUUUUGAUUAUCCUUCUAUGCUUCUCUUGUCAUACAGAACCAUUAUAAAUGUACCUACACAUUAAAUGAGUUUUUUCAGCAUUGAUUCAUAGAAAAUUAAGAAAAGUAUUUUAGUUUUUUCGUCUUGAGUAGUCGAUCUUUUUGCUUUAAACACAUUUUGGUUGUAACAAGCGAUAGUUUAAUUUCUAAGUAAUUUAAUUUAGCUUUUAAGUAUUUAUAAAGAAUUAUUUUUUUAUUACUUCUGACCUAUUUAUUACUUGUUGCUAUUUAUUUUUAAUCUGUGUUUUACCAGUGUUUUAACUCUUUUCUAAUUGUAUCUUUAUUUGCGGUGUUUACUUAUUGAAUUUAAAACUUCUCUUCACUGCGUUCGAAUCUCAACUUUAAGUUUAUUUUAGCGUUUCUUCUUCAAAGACCUUUUUUAUUUUAAAAACGAUAGCCAAUUAUUUUGAAAAGUGCGUUCCAAUUACAAAUAUCAUUCAAAUAUGUAGCUCGUGCAUUGCUCUACUUUUAAAUUUAAUUAAAAAAAAUAAUCAUUACGUCUUUUGCAAAUAACGGAACGCGCUUACACCA